AUGGUUGAUCGUAUUUAUAAUAAGAACGAUAAUCAAUCAAAUAAAUUAGUAAAUUUAUCACAUUUUAUUAUCAAAGGUUUUAUAAAUAAUAAUAGUAAUAAUGAAAGAGAUUUAUCUUUUCAAGAUUUAUUUAAAACAGAGAAUAAAGAUGAUAGAAUAGUUUCGAUAUUAAUGUCGACUUUUGUUUGUGAUUGGAAUUGGUUGGCGAAACAAUUAAGUAUUGUCAUUGAUGAUUGUUAUGAUCAUGAUCAUCUACCACUUUGUCAGGUAGCUAUCAACUAUGAUCGGUCAAAGGGUACCAAUUCAGGUAGAUCGGAGCAAGAGAUUGGCAAUCCUUUCUUGGAUGGUUCACAAACGAUCAGUCUUAAACUGUCAGAAAACAAGUCACUUCCCAUUGAUAUCAUUCAUCCACCGUUACUAGUAAGUCAAAUCGGAAUACUUCAUUCAAAGAUAAUACUAUUGGAGUAUCAACAAAUCAUUAGAGUUGUAAUAUCAUCUUCCAAUCUAACCGGGUCCGACUGGGAAGUUCUUGGACAAACAAUAUUCAUAGUAGACAUUCCAAGAAUAAAGAAGAAUAACAUAGACAAUAUUAACGAUAACAAAGAUCAAUUUAAAUAUGAAUUGGUUGAUAUUCUAUCAUCACUUGGUUUCACUGAUGAUCAUAUAGUGAAUGCUUUGGAUCAAUUCGACUUUUCAAUGAUACACCAACAUGGCAUUCAUAUCGUUUCAUCUAUUCCAGGUGUAUAUAGUCAUAAUAAGUACGGUCUAUCUAAAUUGGCAUCGUUGGCAUCGGAGUAUCAAUCUACGAGUAAAGCUACAGCCGUAUAUCAGAGUAGCGCAAUCGGUAUGACAUCUAGAGAAUGGCUGAGUAGUUUCAAAGCUGCAAUAGGAACCGAUAAUCUUACACUGCCUUUCCCUACACUUAAUACAAUCGAUGAGAUGAUAACCUAUAAUCCUCUGGGCGCAACCGAGAGUGUAACCAUUCGUUAUCAUGACAAAGAUCUAUUGCUAUCGAAUAAAAUGCUAUCGAAAUUACAAUACAACAACGAGCGUGAUCCCAAGGUUGACAACUCCAUCACUAACUUAAGUUCACAUCCACCACUUCAUUCUAAAGUAUUGAUAACAGACCGAUGGAUCUAUCAUGGAAGUCACAACUUUACAGAAGCAUCAUGGGGAUCGAUAUCGAAAAGACAAUCAACAAUCAAAAUAUCAAACUUUGAAACUGGAGUAUUCAUUCCCACCGCUCUUUUUACAGGAGAAUCCAUUCAAUCUAUGCUAAGAUUCAAAGUAGAAACACCUCUCUAUGACUUUGAUGACAUUCCAUGGCAAAUGAACAAGCACUAUAAUAUACUUUUUAAUAACAUUCAUCAAGAUAAUCUAGAUAAUAACAAUAACAAUAAUCAAGAUAGCAAUAAUAGUUUAAAUUAUCAUUGGAAUCAAUUCAAGAAAGAACAACAAUUGUUGUUUAAAUUUAAUAAAUAA